GAAAACUUCAGGCAGUCCAGCUGGACGUGCGUCAUUGAGUCGAGUGACUGUCCACCCAUCCAUCCAUCCAUACAUCCAUCCAUGACACACAGGCACCGCAGCUGACUGACGAUUGACGGAGGCACCCAUCCAUCCCUGUCGCACGCACACAAUCGAUGUGCACACCACACACAACGCAACUACAUGCCAUCCAUCACCAUUGCAUUGCAUUGCACGGAGAAACAGACCAAGUGUGCAGAGCACCACCUUCCUCUGUUCACACCUUACUGCCCACCCGACCUUCACCAGCAAUUACUACCUUCGCCCGACAUCCACACAAAUAAAUACGAUAGGACGGGCACGCAUGCGCGGACGCACCUGGCUGGGCUGCCCCAUCACCCCCAGGGGUCCGGCUCCACCUGCAGCCGCACCCCCCACCCGUACCUCGGCCCCAUGUCCUCCUGCGGUAGAUCCAUCACACGAAAAUACUCUGCCUGCUCCUCCUGCACCACACAAAGACACACAGAGGCCAGUGUGUGCCAUGGGUGGGCGGCUCUCGGCGGUGUGUGGGCAUGUCAGCUCACCUGCGGCCUGCUGAUGAGCACGAUCCGCAUGGCGUCUUUGGUCAGCGGGGCGAUGUAGCGGUUCAGCAGCUGCUGCAGGGUCGUCUCCAUGGCAUGCCGGACGUACUUGACGUGAUGACCAUAACGCAGCUCCACCAGCACGGUGUCAGGCACCUUGCUGCUCCUGCACUCUCCCUCGGGUGUCGGCAAAUGUGAGUGGGAGAGGGACGAGUCGAGGGACACGGUGGGGGUGGGGCGAGGGGCGGCCAUGUCGAUGUCUGUCUGGGGGGCCUCUGAUGGUGCGCCUGGGUCGGCUCGUUGGGUCUCACAAGCGGGAGGGGGCGGGGGCGGGGGGUGCUGGUGGCCAUCGAUGAGAAUGGGAGGUUGGGGCUCCUCGCUGGUCUGCUGCUCCUCUGCAUGUGUGUGGUACUGCUGCUCCUCCUCCUCCUCUCCCGCGUACACCUCGCCCUCCCCAGCGGCCUCGCCAGCAGCCUCCUCCAUCUCCUGGUUCUCGGGCGGCACGGCACUCUCGUCAAUGGUGCCGUUGAGCUGCCCUUGGUCGACCUCGUCAACCACAUCGCCGGCUUCGCCCUGGCCCUCCUGAUAGUGGUUGGCGUCGUAGAAGCCCUGCUCGCCCUCAGCUUCACCUUCAGCUUCCUGGUGCUGCUGCUGUUGAUAAGUCUCGUCUGCCCCUUGUGGGUGCUCGUGGUCUCUGUCGUCCUCGUCGUCGUCGUGCUGGUCUGUGGGCGGGGGGCCGCUGUGCUCAUGCGCUUCGGAGGCAGAGUGCUCAUGCCUGGUGGACAGACAGAAAGGAGAGUGACGUCGUGGACGGGCUUGUGCCUCGGUGCGCACCCAUUCAUGUCGGCGUGGUCGUAGGCACCGUCUUGUGGGAUGGCACCGUCCCCCCGGUCACGCGAGAGGGAGCGCGAGAGCGAUCGACGGCCGCCGUUGUGGUUCACUGGCGGCUGGCCAUUCACCUGACGGACGGAACGGACAGAGAAGCAGGGGAAUAAGGUGUCGUUAAUGCGCGUGCGUGCCACCUCACGCACCAUUUGCUCAUCGUUCUGGUCUGCCUGCUGCUGCUGGUGGUGCUGCUGCUGCACCUCAGCAGCGGGGGUCAACUGACACAGAACAACAGGACAGGCAGACAAGGCAAGGCAACACGUGACGACCGACAUUCUCCCCUCCCUCCUGACUCCCCGCCCGCCCGCCGCAUCAUACUUACGGUCAUCUUUCGUGUCCGGCCAUCCCUGUCCCGCUUCCGCCAACCCCGGUUCGCCUCGUCCGGCCGCUUCUUCCGCUUCCGCCACUUACCACGCGGGCCACCAUUGCCACCAUUGCCGCCAUUGCCGCCACCACCACCACCAGCACCUUUCCCACCCGGCGUCGGCCGCCAGCCAAAGUCCUGGUCGCCCAUUUUCCUCUUGGCCCGCGGCGACCGCCGGUUAUCGUCCCUGUGGUGCUCGGGCUCUCUGUCACGGUCUCGGUCGUGUGGUGGGAACCUCGGCGGGUCGAAGCGGCCACGGGGUGGUGAGCGGGGGGGAGGGGCACGGUAGAGCGGGUCAUACUCAUCGCCACGGGGAGGGCCGGCCCUGCUCAGACAGACAUCGUACACACACACACACACAUGUAUGCGUCUAUCGUCUGAUGAUGUGAAUGAAAACUGGGUGGGUGAUGGACUGACUGUACGUGUGACUGACCUUCUGGGCGAUGGCGACCGCCUCCUCUGUCUCAGAGGGGGCGGCGAUCGGCUGCUGGGCCGGCUACUCGGCCGCUUCCUCGUGUGCGGGGGCGGCAUGGUCAUCUCGUCCCGCCGAUGCCGCCGAUGCCGCUCAUUGCCAUGUGAAGGAGGGGAACCUCGAAGGCCUCGAGAGUCGCGCUCACGGGGAGGCACGUCAGCCAUUGCCGAUGGGCAGCCCGCCGCACGAACAGAGCUCUGUCAGCAACAAGGACAGACAAGACGGCACAACACACGGCAGUGCGCUUGACCUGGUUCUCCUCUCUGUGUGUGUGGUGAUGCUCACUUGACAGAAUGGAGGGAGGAAUCUCACACACGACAACCGAUUGGUCAGCUGCUCACUUUCUGCAGACAGGUCAAGGAAGAGCACAUGCAUCACGCCAGGCCAUCCGUACCCACUGCCUGUAGUCAUCUUACCUGCGACCGUUGUUCCAAGGGUUGUUCAGUUUGUUUGUGGCAAUGAUGAGGCCAAAAGGUAUCACAAUCCGAUGCUACCUGAGUGUGUGUGUGGUGGACCUCUUUUGCUCUCCUUGACUUCCGCGGCAGCGGUUUCCUACCUGCGAGCUUUGGGUCGACGGCCCUAUUCGGUGAAAAUGAGGACUCAGCAGCUCUCACUCUGCUGUCCAUAU